GACGACUCCAGCAGCAACCGCGGCUUGCUUUUCAAACAGAGGAAACCCGUGUGCGCACCAGUGCUGUAAGCAGCGAGGAUGUCGGUGCCUUUCUCAAACACAUCGCUGCGCGUUCCCCGGGGGUUUGGGAACGUCCUGCAGGGGCUUGCCAGGGAGGUCUUGAGGGAGCAGCCCAAAGACAUCCCCGCAUUCGCUGCUCAGUACUUCAGAGGACUGCUCCUGGAGAGAGAGAAAAGUGGCAUAGAUCCAGUGGAAUGGGGUGCUGCAAUUGAAGACAGGUUCUACAAUAACCAAGCAUUUAAGUCAGAUUCACAUUUGCUAAGUGGAGAGGCAGGGGAACAAAUGGAUUUUGACAGCCCUGACAAAGAAGAAGCCAUCAUAAAGAUCCAGGCUUCCUAUAGAGGUUAUGCAGUCCGGCAAACGUUGAAGAAAUCGGCAACAUCUGAAAAUGAAGACACAUCAAGUAAAGAUAAGGAACCUGUUGACACUGAAUUAAUAGAAGCAGCUUGUGCAGCAACAACCAGCACUGCAAACCUCAACAUCUGUGCAGAGGAACUGGAUAUCGGUCUGAUGGGAGGUGGAGAAGCUGAUGAUCCAGCAAACAGAGAUGUCUGUGCAACUGAACUGGGACAGGAGCCAUCCCUUGAUCUUUUAUUCGCCGGCAUUGCAGACAAGGACAUUUGUGGUGAGGAGCUGCAGAUUCAUCCCGUUACCGAACCAGAAGGUUCAGCUCAAGAAACUUUGGAAUCAGCAGCAAAAGAAGAGGCUGCAACUGGUGCAGGGGAAAGUGUGAUUGAGGAAGGAGACCACGCAACUGAAGAUCACAAGACCCCAAGGAAGGUUCAAACUGGUGACCAGCCUUCAGAAGAAUCGAUGGUCCAAGCAGAAGCUGAUCCUGCUGCUACUGUGAAUGAAGCUAAGGCAGAAGAAGACCAGGGGCAACAAGCUGAAACUGCCAUGGAAGCUGAACCAGAGAUAGAAGCUCAACCAGUGAUGGAGGACCUGCAGGACGAAGUAAGUUCUGCAGCCCCUGUAGAUGCAACUCAACCGAUAGACCAGGCAGAGCAACACAGUGAAAUAGAGGUUUGUGAGAAUGAAACAACAGAGACACAGCUCAAGACAGAGGCAGAAGCCACUAUUGAUGCCAAAGCUCAGAAUGGAAGUGCAGAAAAGGAGGAAGAAAAAGAAUUAGUGAAAGAUACUGAGGAGGAAGCUGGAGAUCAGGAUGUGAAGCAGGAAAAAGAGGAUCCAGAUGGAGGAGAUACGGUGAGAGCAAGCCUUGAGACUGAAGAGGCUGAUGGAAAAGACCAGGCCCCAGCUGAGGAAACAGAAGACCAGUCAGAUUAUAAGGCUGAGACUGAGGAGGAAAUAAGAGAAGCAGAAAGCGAGAACACUGAAAAAGACCUUCAGGAGGAACAAACUGAGGUCCCAGUUGAGGAGACCGAAAUCCGGUCAGAAGAUAAAGCUGAGGAACCUGUAGAACAAACUGAGGUCCCAGGUGAGGAGACUGAAAUCCGGUCAGAAGAUACAUCUGAGGAACCUGUAGAAGAAGCUCUGGCAGAAAGGUUGGAAGGUGAAGCAGACGAAAGCAAGAACGAAGGCAAAGAACUACAUGAGGAAGAUGAGGAAGAAACAGAGGGCCCAGCUGAGCAAACAGAAGUAGCCCAGUCUGAAGAUAAGGCUGGGAAUGAGGGAGCUGUAGACAAAGCUGAGGAAGUAGGACAUGAACGAGAGGCAGAAGAAAAGGAGAAUACUGAAGCUGACAUUGACAAUACGCCUCCGCUCUGGGUGAGCUCUGAGUGUGCUGAGGGGAUACAAGGUCACAUUGUGCCCACUGACACUAUAACUUGUCCCCAUGAUGAAAAUGAUUAA